CAUGAUGGCCCGGCAGACGGGCGUCUUCUACCUGACUCUCAUCCUCAUCCUGGUCACUAGCGGACUCUUCUUCGCCUUCGAGGAGGCUGGUAGGAUGGGACCGUCACAGAGCUGUACAAAGUGCUGCCAACAGAAGGUGCUUCAUCAGCUAGGGCUUCAGAGCGUGCAGGUGAGAGGUUCAAGUCAGUGCUGACGGAACGUGUUUGACUUGUACACUCAACUCUGAACUGAGGAGAAUCUACUCCUCGGAGCUGGGGAAGCGUCCUGCACAAGGCUGGUCCUUAGCACCUGUUUGGAGGGACCUAGAAGCUUAGAUGACAGAGAAGCCGGUUCUAGAUACAAGCUGCCCGUACCUAGCGGUGAAAAUCACCCCGGCCAUCCCCGUGGUUGGUGGCAUUCUGUUCUUCUUUGUGAUGGGGACCCUGCUCCGCACCAGCUUCAGCGACCCUGGAGUCCUUCCUCGAGCCACGCCUGAUGAAGCCGCCGACCUGGAAAGGCAAAUAGAUAUCGCAAACGGCACCAGUUCAGGGGGGUACCGCCCACCUCCCAGAACCAAAGAAGUCAUCAUCAAUGGCCAGACUGUGAAACUUAAAUAUUGUUUCACCUGCAAGAUUUUCCGGCCCCCUCGUGCCUCUCAUUGUAGCCUUUGCGAUAACUGCGUAGAACGGUUUGAUCACCACUGUCCCUGGGUAGGCAACUGUGUGGGGAAAAGAAACUACAGAUUUUUUUAUAUGUUUAUUUUAUCUCUGUCUUUUCUGACAGUCUUUAUAUUUGCAUUCGUUAUCACCCACGUCAUUCUUCGGUCUCAGCAAACAGGAUUCCUAAAUGCUCUUAAGGACACUCCUGCAAGCGUGCUGGAGGCCGUGGUGUGCUUCUUCUCCGUCUGGUCCAUCGUCGGGCUCUCCGGGUUCCACACGUACCUGAUCAGCUCCAACCAGACGACGAAUGAGGAUAUUAAAGGAUCUUGGUCAAAUAAAAGAGGUAAAGAAAAUUACAACCCCUACAGCUACGGAAAUAUCUUUACGAAUUGCUGUGUUGCCCUGUGUGGGCCCAUCUCUCCAAGCCUAAUUGACAGAAGAGGGUACGUCCAGCCCGACACGCCACAGCCGGCCGCACCCCCCAAUGGGAUGGCUGCAUACGGGGCCACGCAGCCCCAGAGCGACAUGUGUGACCAAGACCAGUGCAUUCAGAGCACCAAAUUCGUUUUGCAGGCCGCGGCCACGCCCCUGUUGCAGAGUGAGCCCAGCCUCACCAGCGACGAGCUGCACCUGCCCGGGAAGCCCGGCCUGGGCACGCCCUGUGCCAGCCUGACACUUGGGCAGCCCACGCCGCCCUCCUCCAUGCCCAACCUCAGCACGGAGGCUGCGCUCACAGACAUACUGCCCCUGAAGGAGGAGCAUGUGGGCCACCAGUUCCUGACCCCAGAGGAAGCACCCUCGCCGCCUCGGCUGCUGGCGGGCAGCCCGCUGGCCCACAGCCGCACCGUGCACGUGCUAGGCCUGGCCAGCCAGGACUCCCUGCAUGAGGACUCGGUGCGCGGCCUGGUGAAGCUCAGCUCCGUGUGACCACGUGGCCCGGCUGGGGACUGCAGGCCAUGGAAGCGGGCAGAGGGGCUGCUCCCCACAGCAUCUGCCUCAUGCCCCUGUGCCAUGGCGGCAAGGACAACUCCAGGUCCUGGACACAAGGACCACUGAGGGUGGAAGCGGCAGAGCCCAAACGCUUCCAGCUCCGUUUAUUGGAAUCGUCUGCCCCACCCCGACUGUGUCGAUAACGAGUAACUGUUUUCAGACGUUUGGGAUAUGAAGGGUGGGCAUGGGGACAGAGCCUGGGGUGGCUGCAGCCAGAGGCGGGGGGAAAGCUCAGUGCCUGGAUGUCAUACCGUCUGCUCGCUGCUUUUGUUGACAGAUGACACGGAAGGUUUCUAAGACUAGAGGCCAGGCUGAAAUUGCACUUAAAUGUUAUGCUACUAAUAUUUGAAAUAGACAUGCCAUUCCAUUUGUUAAUUUUUUUUUUUUUAAUAUCUAAAGGGAAAAAAAAACGACCAGACGUGGAUUUGCAUGUCACCGGGGGCUGUUUACAGUGGUGUCGGUAUUCAAAAGGAAGUGCCGCCUUCUUUCUUUCUUUCUUUUAAUUUUGUGAAUUUUCAAGUGCUGUUUUAUGGGAAGAAAGUGCAAGAAACCAAGCCUCAAGGUCAGAGCCCUCACUCGCCAGCUUAUUCAGCUUCAUGAUGCGCGGGGAGGCGGCGCCUGGGCGGCAGAGGGCUGCUGGGGUGUUGUGUGGAGAAUCAGUUAACCUUCUGUUCAGUAGUUAGCCGAGAUGUUGUGUUGUACCACACGCGCCACAGGCUUCACCACCUUGUGUGACCAAACUUCCUGUGGACAGCCAAUAAAAUGACGUCCUCUGUUA